CUGUUUUUGUUUUUCUACUGACGGUGCCCGCAAAGGGACAAAAUACCCACCACAGUGUGCAAUAAAUGCUAUUAAACGAGCUGACACCGGAUAGGGAUAAAAACGUAUAGUUGAAAUUCGUAUCCCCGUUGUUUGGAGAUCUGCAGUGAGCUUUCACCCUUUUUGCACAAUGGCUCAACCCGCUGAGAAAGCCUAUUAUCGCUUUGUGGUGCUGUUCUUCAACUGCCUGCUGACAUUUGGCUCUUACUUCUGCUUUGACAUGCCAAGUGUUUUGCAAGAUCAGUUUCAAGGGAAUCUGACGUGCCCCAAUACCACAGUUGUCAACACAACAGUGGAGUGUGUGGAGGGAUUGGGCAUGACCCCUCAACAGUACAAUCUUCUUUAUGCUAUCUAUGCUUGGACGAAUGCUAUAGUAGUGAUAAUGGCAGGAUUUCUGAUUGACAAACUGGGAAAUCGCUUUGGAGUGUUCCUCUUCUCGUUCUUGUGUGUUUUGGGGUCUUCCCUGUUUGCACUGGGUUCACACUUCAAAGGGACCCCUUAUCUCCUGCCCCUUAUGCUCACUGGCCGGUUAUUGUUUGGGUCAGGCAAUGGAUCUCUCACUAUUGUUCAGAAUCGGAUCACAGCGUUUUGGUUCAAGGGCAAGGAGCUGGCCUUGGCUUUCGGUUUAACGCUGGCUUUCUCUCGUUUGGGCUCAGUGCUUAAUUUCUUUUUAACGCAGAGGUUUGAAGAAAGAUUUGGCAUGCAAUGGACUCUAUGGGGAGGUGCACUACUGUGUGUCCUUGGCUUUUCUUCUGCCAUCAUCGUCAGUGCCCUGGACAAGGUUGGGAUGAAGCAGCUUGGUCUUGAUGGCGCCAUUCAAGAGGAGUCUCGCAAAGUGAGGAUUCAAGAUGUGAAGCUCCUCUCGCUUAGAUACUGGCUGCUGGUUGUCACCAUUAUGUUUUUCUACAAUGGUAUCUUCCCAUUUAUUGCUGAUGCCAGUAAGUUCAUCCAAGACAAAUACAGUGACUACAGUCAAAAAGAAGCGUCAUAUAUCGCAGGGGCAGUGUAUGACUCCUCUCUGGUCCUAUCAGCCAGUGUGGGAAUUCUGAUAGAUUAUGUGGGUCUGCGCGGAGUUUUCGCUGUGGCUUGUGCAGUCUUCACACUACCAGUAUUUGGUCUACUGGCCUUCACCUUUGUCCCUCCCCUUGUAUCAACCAUUUGGCUUGGAGUCACCUAUUCUUUUGCUGCAGCAAGCAUGUGGCCAUCUAUUCCCCUGGUGGUUCCCCAGGCAACCUUAGGGACAGCCAUGGGCCUCGCUACCUCCAUACAGAUGAUUGGAAUUGGUGUGUCCAAUUUGGUCGUUGGGCAGAUUUUAGGAACCAAAUCAAGUGAUAAGAUUCCUCUGUGGCGUUGGCAGAGAAUGAUGAUCUUUAUGUUGGCCAAUACAGUCAGCUGUAUCAUUACCUCAGUAAUGCUAAAUAUUGUGGAUCACAAACAGGGUGGUACGCUAAACAAGAUGACCAAAAGAUCAGCGCAGACAGAGAGAGAGACUGACCGAGAACCACUCAACCCGGCACAAGAGCAGAGUGAGGAAGAUGAGGAUGAGCAGCAUUCAAUCAAUUCAUAAAGUUUUUGUCAAUUUAUAAAAUAAGAAAGUUGUUACUGUGGGGCAUCACUUUAAGAGACACUAAUUACCCCAAAAUAUUUACCUCUUGUAUCUUUUAUAUAGCAGAUGACAUCCCUUUUAAUGUAAUAUUCUGCUAUAAUGAAACGCUAAUCAAGUACCUUUCUUAUUUUAUUUUUAUUUGUUGUUAUGAUUUGUUUGCUUAAUAAAGGGACUGAUUUUAUAUACAUUUUAAUCAUUAUUUUAUAUUAUGAUUUAUUCGUUUUUAAAAUGACUGCAUUUGGUGCCAGAAAAAAAUGUAAAUAAAGAUACAAUUUCUCUUUUUCUUUA